AUGUCCUUGGAACAAAAUCAGGAGGCUGCCUUGGGUCAGCCUUUCUCAUCACGCGUGCUGUCUAACAAGCUGAUAACAGGCCACUGCAGCCUGACCUUGGAUCCAAACACAUGUAACGGCUGGUUGAAUCUCUUUGAUGACAACAGGAAGGCAACAUGUGGACCCAAGCGGGAAUAUCCUGAUAAUCCCCAGAGAUUUGAUUGUCAGACCCAGGUUCUGUGUGAGCAGGCGUUGACAGGGCGCCAUUACUUUGAGGUUGAGUGGAGCACCGGGUCUCAGAAUAAGGUCGGAGUCGCUCUUGCAUACAAAACCAUGGACAGGAAAGGAAAGAAUGUUGCGAGUAGCUUUGGAGAGAAUCCUGCAUCCUGGUACUUUGGUGUUGAUAAUAAUGAGCUCAGUGCUUGGCACAAUGGUAAGAUCUGGAGCACCUCUGUUCCUGCUGAGGGCUGCAGCAGGUUUGGAGUUUACCUGGACUGGCCAAGAGGCUCUCUGUCCUUCUACCAGGUCUCCUCUAGCAUACUGACACACAUGUACACCUUCAAGGCCACAUUCACUGAGCCGCUCUACCCAGGAGUUUAUGUUUAUUACGAAUCCAACUUUGCUUCCUUCAGUCCCAUGUAG